AGUGCGGUACAGCUGAAAACCAAGACCUUUGUUCUUACACCAGUCCAAUCAUCACCAACAUUUUCAUCCACCAUUACACAAGAUUCAACAUUCUCAGUUUCUCACUGUAACACCCAAAGUGGGGAAUUCUACAAGGUGCCAAAUUCGUUGACUACUAAAACAACCACAUCAUGGCCAUUGUUGGCAACGUCCAGCCAGCUCCUCACUCACAGAUUCCCUUCGUCUCGUCUUCUUUUGAAUCAAAAGACAAAGAAUCCCCCAGCACGGCGACGAAAUAGUCGGACUCAGGCCCCUCUUUAAUAAUAUUAAUUUAAUUCCCUCCCACUUUAUUCCUAUCCACCAACGUCAACUCUCUCUCUCUCUCUCUCUCUCUCUCUCUCUCUCUCGAACCCAUGGACCGCCAGGACUCCGUCACGGCCCGCUUCACUCUCGGCAGGCAGUCCUCGCUCGCCCCCGACCCGGACGACGGCUCGGUGGUCGAGCCGGCCGACGGGGCCCUUGACCCGAGGGUCCGACUCAUGUACUUGGCCAACGAGGGCGACUUGGAAGGCAUUCAGGAGCUCCUGGACUCCGGAACCAAUGUCAAUUUCACUGACAUAGAUGGACGCACCGCUCUCCACGUCGCCGCCUGUCAGGGCCGGACCGACGUCGUUCAGUUGCUCCUCCAAAGAGGCGCCGGCGUCAACCUCCAGGACCGCUGGGGCAGUACGCCUCUUGCGGAUGCGGUGUACUACAAGAAUGAGGAUGUGAUCAAGCUUUUAGAGCAGCACGGAGCUAAACUUCCGAUGGCUCCUAUGCAUGUGGAGAAUGCACGUGAAGUCCCCGAGUAUGAGAUUGAUCCCAAGGAGCUUGAUUUUUCAGACAGCGUUGACAUAACCAAGGGAACCUACUGCAUUGCAUCUUGGCGUGGAAUUCAAGUUGCAGUUAAGACGCUUGAGGAGAAAGUAUUUGCUGAUGAAGAUAAAGUAAAUGCAUUCAGGGAUGAGCUUGCUUUACUUCAGAAGAUACGACAUCCCAAUGUUGUCCAAUUUUUGGGUGCUGUAACACAAAGCAGUCCAAUGAUGAUUGUCACGGAAUAUCUACCCAAGGGAGAUUUUCGUUUAUAUCUUAAAAGAAAAGGUGCCUUAAAGCCAACAGCAGCAGUGAAGUUUGCACUUGACAUUGCCAGGGGGAUGAAUUAUCUGCAUGAGCAUAAACCUGAAGCAAUAAUUCAUCGAGAUCUUGAGCCCUCAAAUAUAUUGCGGGAUGAUUCUGGGCAUCUGAAAGUUGCAGACUUUGGGGUGAGCAAGCUACUGAUGGUCGCAAAGACAGUUAAAGAAGACAGACCUGUGACUACUGAAGGCACUUCUUGGAGAUACGUGGCUCCUGAAGUUUACAGAAAUGAAGAAUAUGAUACCAAAGUGGAUGUUUUUUCAUUUGCCUUGAUCUUGCAAGAGAUGAUUGAAGGUUGUCUACCAUUUUCUACAAAACCAGAAAAAGAAGUACCUAAAGCAUAUGCUGCAAAUGAGCGCCCACCUUUUAGAGCACCACCAAAGCUUUAUGCACAUGGAUUAAAGGAGUUGAUUGAGGAAUGUUGGAGUCAGGACCCAUUUAGGAGACCAACAUUCAAGCAAAUAAUUAAGAGUUUGGAUAACAUUAAUGACCAGUAUGCUCGAAAAAGACACUGGAAGGUUAUGCCACUUAUGUGUCUCCAGAACCUGGAGAACAUGGUGAAGAAGGGUCGCUCUAGUCCCAGCAGCCAUUCAUCCUGCUCUACGAUGAGAUGAGUAACUAUUGCCUUCAUGCAGGAUUUCAGCUGUUUUUCCUCCUCGAUUUGAGGAAGGUUUUUCUAGCGGAGUUUGCAGAUUUUUAGUAUUUCAGUUGUUGAACUGAGCCAUUCCGAGAUGUCAAGUUUAUCUCUCUGACAUGGCCGACAGACACUGUUACACAUACUCUUGUGUGAAGAAUUCCUAGAGUUUCUCUGCAAGUGGAGAAGUUCUUUUUGUUUUUGGUAAAACCAUAUGUUGUUAUUCCAUUCUUCAGAAUGUUUCCCGAUUUUAUUGUAAACUGGGCGUGUGCUUGCAUUAGGUUGGACGCCUAUGCUUUUAUUGAAACCUGUGGUGCUGCAACAUUACAAGCUAUCUAAAAUGUCUCAAUUAUUUGAUCCAAAUUAUGCGGUUGCCAUGCAGUUCUUUACUCUCUUUC